AUGGCCGAAGUCGGCGAGGACAGCGGCGCCCGCGCCCUGCUGGCGCUGCGCUCGGCGCCCUGCAGCCCGGUGCUGUGCGCCGCCGCCGCCGCCGCCGCCUUCCCGCCCGCCGCGCCCGCCGCCCCCCGCGCCCGCGCCCCGCCGCCCCCGUCCCCGCCGCCGCCCGCCCAGCCCCCGCCGCCGCCGCCGCCGCCGCCCGGCGCCGCCUCGGGGGGCGCGACCGCAGGGGGCGCGGGGGGCGCGGCGGGCGAGGCCCUGGUGGCCGCGGCGGCCGCCUCGGUGCGCCGGAGCCCCGGGCCCGCGCUGGCGCGCCUCGAGGGCCGCGAGUUCGAGUUCCUCAUGCGGCAGCCGAGCGUCACCAUCGGCCGCAACUCGUCGCAGGGCUCGGUGGACCUGAGCAUGGGUCUGUCGAGCUUCAUCUCGCGGCGCCACCUGCAGCUCAGCUUCCAGGAGCCGCACUUCUACCUGCGCUGCCUCGGCAAGAACGGCGUCUUCGUCGACGGUGCCUUCCAGCGGCGCGGCGCGCCCCCCCUGCAGCUGCCCAAACAGUGCACUUUCCGAUUCCCUAGCACGGCUAUCAAGAUCCAGUUCACAUCACUGUACCAUCAAGAAGAGGCUCCAGCAUCCCCCCUCCGGCCACUCUACCCGCAGAUCUCCCCUCUGAAGAUUCACAUUCCGGAGCCGGAUCUCCGGAGCUUGGUCAGCCCUGUCCCUUCCCCGACCGGCACCAUCAGUGUUCCCAACUCCUGCCCGGCCAGUCCACGCGGAGCCGGCUCCUCUGGCUACCGCUUUGUCCAGAACGUGACCUCAGACCUGCAGCUGGCAGCAGAGUUCGCUGCGAAGGCCGCCUCGGAGCAGCAGGCAGACACGUCUGGAGGGGACAGCCCCAAGGAUGAGUCGAAGCCGCCAUACUCCUAUGCGCAGCUGAUCGUGCAGGCCAUCUCCUCGGCGCAGGAUCGGCAGCUGACGCUCAGCGGGAUCUAUGCGCACAUCACCAAGCAUUACCCUUACUACCGGACGGCCGACAAGGGCUGGCAGAAUUCUAUCCGACACAACCUCUCUCUGAACCGUUACUUUAUUAAAGUCCCUCGUUCCCAGGAGGAGCCUGGGAAGGGGUCUUUCUGGAGAAUAGACCCGGCCUCAGAAGCCAAGCUUGUGGAACAGGCAUUCCGGAAACGGAGGCAGAGGGGCGUCUCCUGCUUCCGCACCCCCUUUGGGCCUCUGUCAUCCAGGAGCGCUCCAGCCUCACCCACUCACCCUGGGCUAAUGUCCCCUCGUUCUAGUGGCCUGCAGACUCCAGAGUGCCUGUCUCGGGAGGGCUCCCCCAUUCCACACGACAAUGACUUUGGGUCAAAGUUAGCGUCUGUCCCAGAGUAUCGGUAUUCCCAGAGUGCACCCGGCUCUCCCGUCAGUGCCCAGCCAGUGAUCAUGGCCGUGCCUCCCCGACCUCCCAGUUUAGUGGCCAAGCCCGUCGCCUAUAUGCCAGCUUCCAUAGUGACGGCCCAGCAGCCCUCUGGCCACGCGAUCCACGUCGUGCAGCAGGCCCCCCCAGUCACCAUGCUCAGGGUGGUCACCACGUCUGCCAGCUCCGCCAACGGAUACAUCCUUGCCAGCCAGGCCUCGGCCGGGGGUGCCCACGAAGCAGCGGGCACAGCAGUGUUGGACCUGGGCAGCGAGGCGAGAGGCUUGGAAGAGAAACCCACCAUUGCGUUUGCCACCAUCCCCGCUGCCAGCCGAGUGAUCCAGACGGUGGCCAGCCAGAUGGCCCCAGGGGUCCCCGGACACACGGUCACCAUCCUGCAGCCAGCCACACCAGUGACCAUCGGGCAGCACCAUCUCCCGGUCCGGGCCGUCACUCAGAAUGGCAAGCAUGCCGUCCCCACUAAUAGCUUAGCCGGCAGCACUUACGCCCUCACGAGCCCCCUGCAGCUCCUUGCGGCCCAGGCUAGCUCGUCCACUCCAGUAGUGGUCACCCGGGUGUGCGAGGUGGGGCCCGAGGAGCCGGCAGUAGCAGUGGCCACCACCACCGCCACCCCAACCAGCACAGCCACCGCUGCCACCUCUGCCUCUUCAGCUGGGGAGCCUGAGGUCAAAAGGUCCCGAGUGGAGGAACCCGUCGGGACUGUGACCGCACAGGCCGGGGUGAUCACAGCUGCCGGCCCGCAGGGGCCCGGAACCGGGGAGUGAAGUCGCCUGCAUGUUGGAGGAGUGCGACACUCGCCCAAAGGGAUUCUGGAGCUGAGCCGUGACAGCUGCCAUCGCUGCCGCUCGGGGACCGUGAUGGGAAAGCUCCACUGGCUGAAGCACGGUGCCAAACGGACAGGACAGCCUCCAUCUGCCUGCACCUGACAUGCUGAUCCUCCUUGUCAUUUUAUCUCCUGCCCCUGCUAUGGUUUAACUCAAAACACAUAAACAAGUUCAGACCGCUGAUUGUAUGAUUCUGGGAGUUCUUUGUUUUUAUCUCAUUCGCUCUCAGCACCGCCCUUCUCCAGGCCUUUGUCCAGGGCGUGGGGAGAAGGGUGGCUUGGCGUCCCAAGGAAUGUAUCCCCAGCAGACCGGCCACGAGCAGGAGCCAAGCUUCCGGCGCAGCCUUCGCCCCAGGAGGACUGGACAGAAAUGCAGCCUCACACAGACAGGCCUUCCGAGGGAGAGGACGGGGUGGGGGUACGUCCCUGUUUGUGAUGGGUUGGGAACGGGCAAGAGAAAGGCAGGAACUGCCCGACUUCAGACUGUUCUAUGGUGUCUUCUUUCCACAGGUGACACAGAAAGUAUCGGCAUUAAUGGGAGGGGUCUGGUUUGGCUUUGGACCCUGGGUAUUUCUUGUUUCGUUGAAAUGUGGAAUUCAGGCUUAAUCAUAAUCUCAGACAAACACAGAAAGGAUCAUCUGUUUUUGAAGUUUUCAUCUGUAGACGAUUUAACAACUGUAGGAGUCUGGGGUUCUGGCUGGCAUUAAUCCCCUGGGAGAGUAAAUCUGCUGCCUUGUCUGUUAACUUCAAGAAAGAUGGACGGCUUCCUGGAUUGGUCCUUGAGGCAGAAGUUGUUUGGAUGAAAGAGCAGCCGAGAGCCUGCAGCGCUGGCCGUGCUUGGACCUUGUGGCCUUGGGAAAUCGGUGCAGCUGGGGCUCAAGGCGGAAGGAGGUUGCCGACCCGACAGGAGGCUGUUCACAGACGUGUGCUCUGUGUUCUCCGUGGUUCUGGUGUUCCGGUGCUGGCGGACACCACGGGAAAGGCAGUGCUGAGUGCAAGCCACUCACACUGCCUUUCUCACCACUUUUUCUUUACCACCCCAAAACUUACCUACUGUUGUAGUUGGAACCAUCUCUUCUGCCGGCAGCCCUGGAGCCUCCAGGCCCGUCAGCAGCAGCUGGGAGUGGGCUGUGCCUCCCCCAAGCCCAGCUCUUGCUGACUCGGUGGGUCUGGCCUGCAACGUGGUGAGAGCCAAGGGCGGCCCGCUCCAGGCGAGUGGCACCAGCCUCCCUGAGAAGGGACCCCUGCACUUGCCCUGUGCUCUUGGAGCUGUCACCAGAGCAGGAGGUGAGCCUGUCUGAUUUAUAGCCCAGUUUGGGGGUCAAGUCCUUCAGCUUCUCUUGGAGAACAUUCUCAGGAAAUGUGAAAAGUGACUUUAAACUUCACUAGACACCCCGGCAUUGGUUCAUCAGGUGGUGGACACAACUAGAAACAACGACAGACUCUGCACAGAGCUCCGGAAGUCCCAGGGAAAAUGGUUUUCUUCUCAGAAAUAGCCUGUCAUCGGCAUUAGUCUCUUAGCAGCAGAGCUGCUUGCUCUUCCCUGAGCCCAGCUGGCAGUGCUGCCGAGCGAUCCACAGCUUCCGGAAAGCCCCCAAGAGGAAGAGCCGACGGUCUCACAGCCUAGGACCUGGCUGCACAGGAAGUGGCUCAGAAGGAGGGGGAACCUUGGAACAGGAUUUCGAGGCAGUGCAGGUAAGACUGGCUCAUGUGCUGAGCGUGACCCGGCUGCAGCUGGAGGUGUGGAUGUGACGAGCUCUGUCUUGUUGCCAUGGUUGUGCCCAUACGCCACCACCAUCGUCAGUCACUGGGCCCCCACCGCUGCCGGCUCGCCUCCUUCGGCCCGGACCAGGGAAAUACGUGUUCUGGUGUUCUUCAAGCUCCAAACCAGUUGUUUCUAUGGCACUAAACCUUACACGGGAAAUAAGCUCUUUUGUGAAGUGCAUGCCUGUUGCUCUCGGUGAGGUUGCAGAGAGGGGAGAGGAUGAAGACGCGGGGUGUGCUGUCCUGCAGUGCAGUUACCCCGUCCGUUCCACAUUGACAUUUUCUGUUACCUUACGGAAACUGUCUCUUCCCGAGCGUCCAGUGUGUGUGGGCAGGAGUGAGAGAAUGAGUGAGCUGGGCUGAGGUAGGCGCCAUGUGCACCGACAGCCUCGGGGUCCCCUGUUGCUUCUUUCCCUCCCUCCAUUGUCAUUCAUUCCUGGGGCUGCACUUCAAGGGGGGAUUCGUGUGCUCGGGGACCAUCCUGACUGCCACAGGUUUGCCUCCUUGGGAGGCAGCGUCGUCUGCAGGGAACAAGCACAGGACAGUUGGCCACGGAAUAGUGUCGGUCUUUGCCUCCCUUUGCUCGAUGUGAUCGGUCUGGCUCUGACCCUUUGCUUUUCUGACUUCUGAGAUGUUUUGAUUUCUGUCCCUCUUCAGUGAUGUCCCUGUACAGUGAUGAUCCCACUGUACAGGCAGUGGUUCAGGGAGAAGGGAAUAAAGAGAGGUGGGUAGAUGGAACCAAGAGGACAAAGUGUUGAUGGGUGGCAUUCUGCCACGUGGAGAGCCUGCUGCUUUUUAGCUCCUGCUGGGACUAAGAAGAAGGGACCCCGUGGGGUCAGCUCCGACUCAGCUCGGGGCAGGGAGAGGAGGGCUCGGCCUUGGGGGAACUGCCACUCUGAGUUCACAAACAGCUUCUGAAUGAGUUUUUGGUCAUCUGACCAUAUGCCUGGCUUGUGCCAGAACUUGUCUGGGAAUGGUAGCCAAAGGCCCAGGAAUAUCAGUGCCCAAAAGAGAUGCACAUCACAGCCAGAAAGGUUGCCUGCUAGCAUCAGAGCCAGCCAAGUGGUGGUCUCCCUCUGAACUCAUCUGUGGAAGCGAGAGCGCCAGGCCGGAAGUGACCAGUGAACCGCGGCCCUUAGCAUCUGGUGGCCUGUGACCCGCCACAGCAUCGACUGUAGAGGGUGGGCUGACUCCAGCCAAGGUUGGGAGAAGCAAAACUACCGCAAUCUGGCACUAUGCCAGGGUCACUGCAGCCUCAGAGGUCCGAGAACCUUCUGUUUGAUCACCAGUAGCUCCAGUCUGCGUGAAGAGGUCAGCCAGGCAGAGGUGUGCUGGCAUUGGGCAGGGCCUGCCGCCGUUCUGACGCAGGGCGCCCGGCCCCUAUAGUUCCAGCCGCUCCCUCUCCGUCCAGGUACCUGGUGUCCACUUCUCUGCCUCCUGCUUGACCGGUCAUCACAUUUACGAGCACCACAUGCAGAGAAACCUACUCUCUGCGUAGAAAGGAAGUCAUAGAAAUAACUAUUGUUAAAUAGUUGAGCAUUUCCCACCAAGACAGUUGAGUACAAUGCUGCAAGUGAGAAGGGUUGUACCCAAGAGCUCACCAGCUGCUGGGACUUGACGUGGCUCAGUGGCACUUUCUCCUGUGCCGACGUCAGACCUCGGCCGGUGUCACACAGAACCGCAAGCAGAGCCAUGCAGGAGACAGAGCCCCCGGGAGGCGUGGGUCCUGGAGCCCCGUCAUUAGCUGCCUGCAUCUCUCUCCACGCUGAAGCUCUCCCAGGUACCGUCGGCCUCUGCUGAGGGCAGCGAGUCUGUACUGCGGCGCCUCUGAGGGGCUCAAAUGGACCUUUUUAAAUCCUUAAAGAUUACACAACUUGAAUACCUUCGUGAAGGGAGAUGUGUGCCAGACCGGUCCUGGUCCUGAGACGUGGUCUUCUGACCUGCUCCACUAACACUCUGGGUCAGGCAGGAUCCAACGGCCGGUCCCCUGUGCAGAGAGGCGCCAGGCCAGUGCCGGGAGGAGCAUGGCCUUCGGGCAGGCACGCGCUCAGGCCACAGCCCAUCAUUUUCUUCUCGAGUCUGGUUUGUUCAUGUUUGGGUUUGCUGUUUUUCUUUUUUCUCCAUUUAAGAACCAAGCCAAAUGAAAAAGGUCAAAAUGGAUUUCUGAGUUGCUAAAAUGAGUAUCCCGUGAUUCUUGAGGGAAUGGGUUGGGGGAGCUUUACCACGGCCAGAGGGCGGAGGCCUCCCCUGCCACCCCGGCUGCCUGGGCCCCAAGGAUUCAGCCGAGCCCCCUGGUCCCUUUCUCUACUUGCUGGUCCUAGUGAGAGACUGGUUUGAGAUCACAGGCAUCGUUCAGCGAAUGCUCUUACAUCCUCUGAACAAGGAUCUCCCCGGACCCCCAGAGUGAGCGGUCAGUCUCCAGAGCACCCGUUGUGAGCUCCCUUUCUGUAGACAGACAGCCCUGCAUUGCGAGUCAGAGAGCUCUGGCGAGGAGAAGCUUCUCUUUGGCUUUGGAGUCAGUUUCUUACUUUAUAGAGACAAACAACAGACCUCAUGUGGAAAAACAAAAACCGAGUUGAAUGUCAGACAGUGUUAGAGGAGAGGAGAGGGUUCUUCCCAGAACUCUCAGAGAAGAAAUAAGCAGCUGGUGCAGGCGAAGGAGCUGUUUUUCUCCAAAAGCCUCAAAGUCUGCUUUGCUCUUGAGUGACUUCGUCUGGGAUGAGGGACUGUCGCCAUCUCAGGGUUCACACCUAGGUUCAGCCCCACACCUCCUCACCCUCCGAGAGACCAGCUCCCCUGAACACGGGCUGCAGGAUAGCCACUGCACGUACGCUGCCUCCUGUCUCAAUGCUGAAUAAAUAGUGCACUACUUAUUCUAGAGUAAGUUACCAAAAAAUGAGUGUGAGACUUGGCAAGUUAAAAGAGCCAGAGUGGCUCAAUCAAAGCUCCAUCCACCUCGUGGCCGCACAGCUGCACCAAGUCAGCGUGGGGGCAACCGCUGGAGACCCUCUGGCCACUGCACUCCUAGUUUUGGUUACAAUGAAAGUAUGUUUCCCCACAGCCGCUCACAAGCCUCCCUUUAAUACCUCUGCCUAGAGGCAAUAUUAUUUAAUAAGAAUGAUUUAAAUUAUUCAAAUGUGCUGCUAUGAAGAUAGGCUUGACCUUCGGAUGGGACCAUGAUACGGAUGGUGGCUCUGAGGUGAGGGCAGAACAUCGCCACAGCAGUGGUCUCUUGCCCAGUUUCUGUCUAUUGUUUUCACACUAUUUUCCUGUAUUUUAUAAAUUCUUUUCAUUUUAUAAGUUCCUUUCUCGAGGCCUUGUACUCCACGUUAGGGUUUGUAGAUGCUCAGGACACGGUUCCCUCCAUCUGCGCUCUUACUUUGUUCUGGCUGGGGGCUGGGACAGGACAUCUGCUCCUUGUGUUUUCUUUUAAUACCAGAAGCUGCUACCUUCGCUGUCCGCGGGAGAGUCUGGAAUUGGUGCUCUGCAGGAUGUUUCAUUGGCACCGUGGCCCCUGCAGGGUGGUGAGCUGGGCCCCGUGCCCUGAGCUGCGGCGUCUCCCUUGGCCUGUGGUUGAAGUCUGCCCUCGGCCGGUGCUGGCGAGUCUGCCUGAGUUCAGUUGGUGUGAGGGCUCCUCCUGGAGCACAGCUGUCUUGUUGGGAACUGCUGCUUCCUCUCUCCUCCCUGUUGCCCAGCCCCGGAAAUUAUAGCUGCUUUGAAGAGUGGGAUUUUGGGAUACAACCAUGAGCAUUUCCUCUGAACUGAAAUUAAAAAUAGGUCCAUUUCACUGACUGUGUUUAGGGAAAAUCAUCUUACUCUUCUGUUAGAAAGAAAGGAAGAGAGGUCACUUGCCGAGCUGUCUCUAACCUUCAGCCGUCCGCAGGUCUGCGUGGGAUUGUCUCUGCCAAAAGGUCUUUCUGGCCCCGUCUCAGGCCCCCUUUCCCAGGCUCGGGCUGCACCUCAGCUCUGCUGCUGGAGGGACGUUCCCUGACCUGCCUUCAGAGCCAUGUCCUGGAAGAAGGUCACCAUGGAGGGGCCAGAUGC